GAAGCGGCUCUGUUCGCCGCCUCUCCCACCGGCCUGAUGAGCGGCUGCAGCGGCUCUGGCGCGGACCCCGAGGCGGCACCGGCCACCGCCGCCUCGGCCCCGGCGCCCGCAGUCUCGGCUCCCGCUGCAAUGCCCGCCGGCACCGCCGCGGAGAACAAGGCCAGCCCCGCGGGGACAGCGGGGGGACCUGGGGCCGCGACUACGGGCACGGGACCCGUGGCGGCGCGAGCUGGGGAGCCGGCGGAGCGGCGCGGGGCGGCUCCGGUGUCGGCGGGCGGCGCGGCCCCGCCGGAGGGGGCGAUGUCCAACGGGGUUUACGUCCUCCCGAGCGCCGCCAACGGAGAGGUGAAGCCCGUGGUGUCCAGCACGCCUUUGGUGGACUUCUUGAUGCAGCUGGAGGAUUACACACCCACGAUUCCAGACGCAGUCACCGGUUACUACCUGAACCGUGCUGGCUUUGAAGCCUCAGACCCACGAAUAAUUCGGCUCAUCUCCUUAGCUGCCCAGAAAUUCAUCUCAGAUAUUGCCAACGAUGCCCUACAACACUGCAAAAUGAAGGGCACAGCCUCUGGCAGCUCCAGAAGCAAGAGCAAGGACCGCAAGUACACUCUAACCAUGGAGGACUUGACCCCUGCCCUCAGCGAGUAUGGCAUCAAUGUGAAGAAGCCGCAUUAUUUCACCUGAGCCGCCCUACCCAGAUGUGCUUGUCUGUCCCCAUGUCCCCACACCAGCCUGUUUUCAUAAUAAACUUUAUUGUGACA